AUGUAUGAAAUAAGAGAUAAAACUGGUAAAAUAGUUCAAAGAGAAAAUAUAAAUGAAAUAAAGAUCAUUUUUACUGAUUUAGAUGGAACUCUAUUAAAUAGUGAACAUAAAGUUUCUGAUUUAAAUUUGCAAAGUUUAAUAAAAGCGAGAGAUAAAGGAAUUAAAAUAGUUAUUUCUACAGGUCGUACAUUAUUAUCAGUUGAAAGGAUUAUAGGAAAAGAUCUUAAAAAAAAUAAUUUAAAUCUUUUACCAGGAAUAUAUUUAAAUGGAUCUGUUACUUUUGAUUCUAGUGGAUCUUUAAUUGUAGACAAAGUUAUUGAUAAUAAUUUAAAGAUGGAAAUAAAUGAUUUUGUAAGAAAUUUAAAUAUCUCUGAAUAUUGUGUUUGGUAUUCUUCAAACAAAACUUACUGUUUUUCUAUGAAUGAUAAAAUUCAAUAUCAUUCCGAAAUAGAAUGUAUCACCCCUGAAAUAAUAAAAGAACAAGAUUUAAAAAAUAUAAAUGUAUAUAAAGUUUUAUUUUGUUUAGAUAAAACGAAUUUAGAAAGCGUUUUAAAAUUAAGCAAAGAUAAAUUUAUAAAAAAAAUAAAUGUAACAAAUACAUUUGAAUGUUUCAUUGAACUAUUUCAUCAAGAUAUAAAUAAAUUAGAAGGAAUAAAAGAAAUAUGUAAUUUGUAUAAUAUAAGUUUAAAUAAUGCAUUAGCAAUUGGAGAUGGUGAAAAUGAUAUGGAAAUGUUAAAUGGCUUGCCUCACUCAGUAGCUGUGAGUAAUGCUUCUGAUAAGGUUAAAAAAUGUGCUAAAUACAUUGGACCAUCAAAUAAUGAAAAUGCAGUAGCUCACGUUUUACAAACUUUUUGUGAUAUUUAA